AUGUUGUCAGAUGCCUUCCAGGAGGAUGAAAAUGGCCUCAAGGUCAACUGCUACAUUGAUGUACCAAGGACAAACAACAGUAACAUUUCCUCCUGCACUACCAAUUGCUUGUCUCCCUUAGCCAAGGUCAACCAUGACAAUUUUGGCAUUGUGGAAAACCUCAAAACUACAAUCCAUGUCAUUAUUGCUACCCAGAAGAUGGCAGAUGGCCCCUCUAGCAAGUUGUGGCAUGAUGGGUAUGGCACUGUCCAAAAUAUCAUCUCUUCUUCUAUUGAUGCUGCUAAGGCUCUGUGCAAGAUCAUCCCCAAGCUGAAAGGGAAGCUCACAGGCAUGGCAUUCUGUGCCCCUACUCCCAGCAUAUCUGUUGUAGAUUUGACCUGUCACCUGGAGAAACCUACCAAAUAUGAUGAUAUCAAGAAAGUGGUGAAGCAAAUAUCAGAGGGGCUGUUGAAGGGCAUUUUGGGUUACACAGAAGACCAGGUUAUAUCUUGUGACUUUAACAGUGAUGCCUAUUCUUCCAUCUUUGAUGCUGGUGCUAGCAUUGCCCUUGACAACCAUUUUGUCAAGCUCAUUUCCUAG